GAAAAGUGUCGCCUCAAUCUAGGAAAUCCUCAACCUUGCUUUGCAAGAAAUCCUAAAUCAAUACUUUGCAAAAUUGUAGAAAAGCCUAUAAACACAGCAAAACGGUUUGCAAUGCUUCCUGCACUAUUGCUCUGUUUAAUUGCAAUCCAAGGAGCGAUAGCGGCCACAUGCAAACUUCCCGCUGCACUGAUAGAGGCAGCCACGACGGCUCACAAUGACCUCAGAGCACAAGUCGCUAAACGCGCUUUGGAUAAGGAGAUAUAUGGAGAACUGCCAGGAACAAAGAGCCUUUUCAAACUGGAGUAUGAUUGUACUAAUGAAGGAUUUGCACAGUCAACCAUUGGAAAAGAUUGCAAACAUUCAUCGAUCUACAUGAGCGUGAUAGGAAGAGGAGAAAACUUUAUAACAUACAGAGCAGAAAGUAAGCCUGGUAACAAAAAGCUUGCUGAGAUGCUCAAGUGGGCCGUCGAAGAUUGGAGUGACACUGUUGAAAGUCCUUUGAGCUCGGAUGUCAUGUACACAGACACGUCUAUAGAACCUUUUGCUAAUAUGAUCUAUAACAAGACGAUGAAGUUCGGGUGCUCC